AUGGAAUCUCAUUCAUUUCUACGCGAAAAUGAAACAUAUGAUGACUUUUAUAAUCGGUGUAAUAAUUUAACAAACUUUGACUGUAGCGAGGAAGAAAUGUUAUGGUGGUUGAUGGGUUCUCGUAGACUGCCAUUAAAUGAAAUAAUACCUCUUAGUGUAGUUCUCGUAGUUAUAUUUUUGACUGGAGUGAUAGGCAACGUGUGUGUAUGUGUCGUGAUUGUGCGAAAUCCGGGCCUACACACAGCUACUAAUUAUUAUUUAUUCAGUUUGGCUAUAAGCGAUUUGCUGCUGCUUUUGUUUGGUCUUCCAAACGACUUAACAGUAUAUUGGCAUCAGUACCCCUACAGUUUGGGCCUCGUCUUCUGCAAGCUGCGAGCUUUUAUAUCAGAAGCAGCAACUUAUGUAUCAGUACUGACGAUAUCAGCGUUCUCACUAGAGCGGUACCUGGCCAUAUGUCAUCCCUUACAUCUAUACGCCAUGGCUGGUUUGACGAGGGCGUCCCGCAUCAUAGUGGUGCUGUGGCUUCUAGCGUUCAUCAGUGCAUCUCCUUUCGCCCUGUACAGUGACAUCAGUUAUAGAGACUAUCCACCAAAUUCCGGUAAUUUGUCUCUGAAUUCGGCUUUCUGCACCCUGAUGGCAUCCUCUCCACUGCUAGAAAUUAGCAGCGUCUUCUUUUUCUUCGUCCCGGCUAUUCUUAUACUAUGCUUGUACAUCACAAUGGGUAUACAUAUCAGGUCAACUCGAGUAAGCGCAAAAUCUAAACAAGGAUUAUUUAAAGAUGACGUGCACGGAGAAUCUCGACAAACUAAGUCCAGAAAAGCAGUAAUACGAAUGUUGGUCGCAGUAGUAACAGCGUUCUUCGUGUGCUGGACGCCAUUCCACGUCCAAAGAUUAUUCUUCAUAUACGGCUACGACCACCCACAAUUUCAUGUGAUCAACGAACACCUGUUCAACGUGGCUGGAGCAUUAUACUACGUGUCUGCGACUGUCAACCCGAUUCUUUACAAUGUAAUGAGUGCUCGAUAUAGAAUGGCGUUCCACGAGACCCUUUUGUGCAGACAUACAGAGCGCCAGCGCUUCGACAUUCGACGAGAAACAACUAUGUCCACAUACGUUAGACCACGUACCAACUCCUACAAGGAGAAUAUACCACCCCGCAAAGUAGACUUUGUCAAAGACGAUUCACCAUUUUCCAUCGAAACUAAAAUUGAUGAAAACACAAUUUUCUAUUAUCCUAACGGAGAUAAUACUAAUUAUAUAGAUAAUCUAAAGCAGGAAAAUAUUAUAAGCAAU